GGGUCGGGUGGUGUCGACUACUCAAUUAUAACUGGUAGUAAUCAUUCGGCCCUCAUUUCUCAGUUUCUAUUCUCAAAAGCUUAGGAAGACAAGAUGCAGGCAAGCGAUAGGUUUAACAUCAAUUCUCAGCUCGAACAUCUCCAAGCUAAAUACGUUGGAACCGGCCAUGCUGAUUUGAAUAGAUUUGAAUGGGCAGUGAAUAUUCAACGGGAUAGCUAUGCAUCGUAUAUAGGGCAUUACCCAAUGUUGGCUUUCUUUGCUGUGGCUGAAAAUGAAUCCAUUGGAAGAGAGCGCUACAACUUCAUGCAGAAAAUGCUUCUGCCUUGUGGUCUGCCUCCGGAAAGAGAAGAUGAUUAAAAACUGGUGGUUGGACUAUGAAGUGAAAUGUUAGGAAGUCCAAGCUCUUCCCAUCAGGCUGGAGAGUUUCCUGAUUGAAUAUCCAUCAAUGUGUUUGUCUUGAAAUGUGAAGUUAUGUCCUGCUGGUGAAUGUCAUAUGAUUUUGGUGAAAAAUGACCUAACAUUGUAGCCUUUAUUCCUAGCAUAGAUUUGUGGAAUUGUAGAACAUAUGUAGUUCUCGAAUGUGCCUUACCAUCAUGCUAAAAUUAGAAGAACCUUAUAAAUCAGUGACUUAUUUUGUAG